CGAGCGGUGGUGCCACGGACGCGGAGGGGUCAGUAGGGACAUCCUCCAUGUCUCAGACCUUCUGAACUCGGGGUCUGUCUCGUCAUUUGAGCUCGGACUUUCAGCAAGUGGUGGAGAUGCAGUCCGCCGCGCUGUUGUGUGUUUGUCUGGCCGCGGCGGUGGCCGGCUCCACCCUGACCCUGCAGCGGCAGGCAGCUGUCGAUGGGUCAGCCCAGGUCACCAGGUCACGGCUCACCAGGUCGGCAAGGGUCAUCCCCUCUGGAGGUGCCCGCGACGGAGAGGCGCUCUCAGAUCCAGACGACGCAACAUCGCUGACCGCUGAGGACUACCAGACAGCCAGCAACUCAUCCCUAAGGACUACCCAAUUCGUCGAGAUCAUCAUCGUUCCGUACAACGCGUCUUCGGGGUCAGCUCGUCAGGGGCGCAUCUUUCUCCCUCGGAGGGGGUUUGUCAAGACGUGUCUGUCGGUCACCCCACAGGGAGAUGACGGCGAUGAUGGUGUGACCCUACAGCAGAUUUUGGAUGCCAUCAACAACAGCAAGGAUAUGCUGUCCAGUGGUCAGACGUCCAUCCUACAGGCCAUUGCAGGUAUUUCGACCGGAACGGAUACGGGUGAAAGUACCGGUACCUGUGACCUGUCGGGUCUCACUGCAGGGCAAACUUCCAUCAUGAUGCAGAUAACUAGUAUUGAUACCGAGCUCGAUCAACUGGGUGGUAUUUUGACUGCGGUCAAUACCGCGAAAGAUAUGAUCAUUGCAGGUCAGGCAACGAUCAACACCAAUAUAGCAGAUCUUGAUUCUGAUCUGGACACAGCGAAGACGAUGAUCAUUAGCGGACAAAGUACGAUCAACACGAAUAUUGCGGGUAUCUCAACGGAACUUUCCACGACGAAGACUAUGAUUUUGGCGGGACAAUCUACGAUAAGUACCGCCAUUGCCACUCUUUCGACCGAUCUAUCCACUACGAAAUCCAUGAUUUUGGCCGCAAUUGCGGACUUAGACAGUGACAUAUCUGGUGUCUCAACAGCAAUUUCUGACGCCAAAACAAUGAUCCUCGCGGGUCAAACCACCAUAAAUACGAAUAUCGCCGAUCUCGAUUCUGAUUUGGAAACGGCAAAAACGAUGAUUAUUGCCGGCCAGAGCACAAUUAAUACCAACAUUGCAGGAAUCUCUACAGAGCUUUCUACCACCAAGACCAUGAUUCUAGACGGUCAGUCAACAAUUAGCACCUCCAUUGCAACUCUAUCGACCGAUCUCUCCACCGCGAAAUCCAUGAUUUUGGCUGCCAUCGCAGACCUCGACAGUGACGUCGCCGCAGUCAAUACCGCCAUCUCAGACGCCAAAACCAUGAUACUCGCCGGACAAACCACAAUCAAUAACAACAUCGCAGGCCUAGCCACUCAAAUCACCAACACUGAAGCCACCAUCACCACCCAGCUCGACACCAUCAACACCAAAAUCGACGCUCUCGAGACGGGCCAGCAGGAAAUUUGCGACAAGAUCGAGGCUCUGGACGCCAAGCUGGACACCAUCCUCGCGAAGCUGAUGGACGGUAUGACGACUACCUGUCCAGACGGAGCCACGGAGAGUGGAGGACAAUGCUUCACCAUCUCCACCGAUCGAGACAGCCUGGAUAACGCAGCGGCCGCCUGUGAGACCACCGGAGGAACGCUGGCUACAAUGACCGCUGAAAACGCAGCUGUUAUCUACGGUCUCGCAAACAGCCUGACGAGCAAACGCGUCUGGAUUGGACUGACCACAGAAGCGGGAUCCUGGAAAUGGGAGGACGGCAGCACAUACGGCACGUUCUUAGACUGGGAAGGCGGUACUGAACCACCUGCUCUUGAUAUGCGGUGUGGUGAAGCGGUAGCGACCUCUAGUACUGAGGGUGAUUGGGAAUCACAGCCGUGUACCGCUAAUAGGAACUUUAUCUGCUCCACUGCUGCCACGUAGGUGGGGUGAAAGAGAGAGAGAGAGAGAGAAAGAG